GGCGUUGUUCAUGGGAAGAGAAACAUGUUGCUCACUUUUGAACAAGCCUUCAAUAUAUUCAGUUGCUGCAGUGGAGACUUAACUUAUGAUUCUCAAGUCAUGCAAGCAAGAAAUUGAUCCCAGAUUACGGAAAAACAACUGAUCUACGAGAGGACAACAGGAUUUGGGCCUGCAGCUCAGCAUUGCCAGCACACAAAAUGUUGAAGUAUCUCAUUGUGUGGAUGUGUGUCGGUGUACUGUCCACACUUCUGCCAGCUGUGGGGGCCAUCGAAUGUACAGAGAUGGAAACACCACUGUGGCUGAGACCAAGUCUGAGCUCAAGAGCCAUGCCACAGCUGACCAACUGCUUACUUGAGUGCACCUGGAUGACAUACAACAAAAAACUGCUUAUUCAGGACAAGAACAACAUACGGCUUCAAGACUCCACAAAAGGAGACCUUGGAGAAUACUGCUGGUCUAAGAAGAUCAAGUGUAAUCUUGGGGAGAGCUUUCUGCAUGCCUAUGUGGUGUUGCCCGUGGAUAUAUCUACUGCUAGACACGAGCAGCUGGAAGUCAAAGCCACUGCCCCCGUUACCACCAAGCUGCACCUACACGCCAGCCCCACCACAGUCCCAGAGAGCUGCGGCCUGCGUUACGAUGUCACAGAGCACUUCAGCACAGGGGAGUCAGAGACAUCAUUCUGCGUCAAGCUCGUCACCCAGGAAGACGUCCGGGGGGACAAUGUUCUCAAAUGUCCUCCCUAUCUGGUCACCUUCUGGCAGAGAGGUCCUAACCAGUCCAACCAACAAGGUGAUGCAGGGCCGGCCCUGGCAAUGUUGGCGCCCUAGGCGAGAUUUCAGAUUGGCGCCACCCAACAUACACACGCAAAUUGUCAUGCAUCAUCAGCGAUGGAAUAAGUUCUCAAAACUUUUGCCUUAGAAAAAAAGCACUACUGCAUUAAAUUGUUACUUAAAACUUUUGCCUUAGAAAAAAAGUACUACUGCAUUAAAUUGUUACUUAAUUACACGUAUGUAAGUACAAUCUAGAGCCCAACAGUAUCUAGUUAUACUUUUAUAUGAUGUAUUUUUUAGAUUAAUCUUAUUAAUGAAUUAAGGUGUAAGCAGCUUUUUAUAGUUGUAGUUUGUUAAGGUUAAGUUGAUUUAUAAUAAUUGGAUAUAAGGUUGUAAGUAAUAAUGAUAGUCAUUAUGUUUAAUCUCCUUGAUUUUUUCCUAAUUGAUUAAUUGUCUUUUCCAAGUUAGAACCACAACACCAUUUUCCAAAUCUAAAAAUUAUUAAACAUGAAAGCAGCAAAUUCUCACAUCUGCAACUAUGACAAAACUGGCAUAAAAUAAUGAAAAAUGACACAAAAAAAUGUUGGCAAUUCAUUUUCUUUCUUCUGUCAAACAUCUCAACAAAUUUGACAUAAUGUUACUUAUUUAAUCUUUAAUAAAGCAUCGUAUUUCAUAAAAAGCUAUGCUUAUAUGCCAAACUCUACAGUCAUUAAAUACAAUCAAAACAAAAAAUUCCUUAUCAAUAUAAUAAUAUAAAGUAAGCACAAAUACUUUAAAUUUGUACUGCACAGUGCUUGAGUAAAAGAGAUUAUAGUUACAUUCCACAGCUCUUAAGUACAAGGUUAACUGAAUACUGGCUGGCAGUGGGGUUGAUUCAACAUGGUUUAUAUAAGCUAUUAACUUGAAAAAGAAGUGCAGGAUCAGAAUGCUAUUUAUUGAAAUGCUACUAAGAUAUUGAUUAUGGGCCCUUUGGAGGUUUGUUUUGUUUAGGUUCAAUUUGAACUUUUCCUCUUUACAUUGUUCUGUGUGAUGAAUUUUGUUGACAAAAGGAUGUUUGUUUAUAUUUACUGUAUGUACGUGAUGCAGUAAUAUACAUGAUUUAGCUUUUUUUUAUUGUCAACAUUAACUUUCUUUGGAUGUGGUUUUCUGACAGCGAUGUUUUGGACGCAGAGUAAAUUAUAUUUUUGUCUUUCAGGUUGCCUUUAUGUGAUGUUUAAAGAAUGUUCUUGUUGGGAAAGUCGUUUUUUGAGCACAGAAAGUAGAUGUGGAUCACUUUGCAUAAGUGAAUUUAUGUUACAGACAAAAAGAUGCUUACCAGAAAAGCUGCAAGAAAUGGUCAGUGUUCUGUUAGAUGGUUUCACUGGUAAUAAGAGUAGUGCAAAAGUGAAGAAUAAACAACGUAAGAUGUUAAUGGUUGUAGGUGUGCAUGGAAACUUUAUUUUCCUUUUACACCAAAUGUUUAUUGUGUGCCAGAAGAUUGUGAUAUAAUUAUUAAAACAAUAUAUUACAACCAAUGCAAACCCGAUUCUUAUUACAAAUAACUGCAAGACAGAUUAAGCAAAUCAAAUGAACAAAUACUUUUGGACAAAUUGUGUGGGAAUCUUCUGAGAGACAAAGUAUUAUUAUAUUUGGAAUACUGCUAGUACAAACUAUCUGUGUGUAUCUUGUAAGUGUUUGUCUGACUGUGUGUUAGCUGUGUGUGCUCAAAAUGGAAACAUGAAAUCAGAAAGCAUGGAGUACCACCUACUGGCUUCUAUGUAAAAUAACAGAAAUACAGAAAUAUUGUACACAACACUCUCCAACCACUGGAUGGCAAACUAGUCAUAGGGUAAUAUUGUGUGUGUGCGCGCGUGUGUGUGUGUGCAACCAGUAUUGUGUAUCUAACGCUAGAAGGGUCCAGUUUUCUUAAGCUUUUAUGCAGUGGAUAAUCACAACUUAUGAUGUCAUCAUUAAAGCCAGAUUUGUUAAGGAACUACUUUUAUUUCGAUUAUAAUUUGAUCUCCAGGAUAUUAUCAAAACCCUGAUAAGAAUAAAAACCAGGAUAUAAAGGUGCAUAUAAAAAUGCUCCCUUUUACAUAUAUUUGACUCUAUAACAACUAUUAAACAGUCACAGAAUUCAUGUCUUAUAUAAUCGUACACUUUCAGUCGAGUACACUUACAUUGGCACAUGUUUAUAAUAUAACAGUAUCAUAUUCCGCUGUCCUGAGCCUCUGCUCAGGUCUAAAUGAAGGAGGAUGUUGGUAUGUUCUGUUGGCACACGCUCAGGAGCUGUGUAACAUAAUCACUCAUGGUUAGUGUCCAGUAACUGACCCUUCUCCACAGCCUGAGUUGCAAGAACAGCUACACGAGGACAUGCAAACUAAGUGAUUUUUUUCAACCCCAGGUCAUACUGCUUUCUAAAGUUUUAUUGUUGAAAUACUUUAAAUGAUUUCUAGGUUGUCUGCUGCAGGCCAAGAGUAGAGCUGGUCAUCAAAACUGGUACCACAGCGUUACGGUGUGUCAGGACAUGUGAGGCCUGCUGCGAUAUGUUUGGUCAGGAGAGUGAAUCCCAGCUGGUUUCAUCAGACCUGUGAAUAUGUGUGACACUGCACUGACAACCUGUAGAAAUGUUGGGACACAUUUUUUGUAUAUGCUAAAUUAAAGCAGUUUGUGACCAAG